UCAACGAGAAGGAGAAGGUCAGUUUUCAAUCGCAAGCGCAACUGCCUUUCUUCCUUCUAGCAGGCGUUAGGGUUUUAUUACCGUUCGGAGGAGACGAAGAGAAGUCGGGGUCGGGCCUUCCUCCGGCGAAGAAGCCGAGCCCUGGGAAGCCUCUUCUCCACUCGAUUCACUGCCUCGCUCUGUCGAAUCGCGGAGUGGGGAGGCGUGAUUCUGUACUUCUCGCCGGAGGACUCUGCGCCGUGGAUCUCUCACUCCGACCAGGUGAUAAUGGUCCACCCCUUCGUCAGACAUUGAUUCAUGGAUCCUGAAGGCAAGAAGUUUGGAAGAGGGCCAAGAGAACUUACAGGGGCAGUGGAUCUUAUAAGUCACUAUAAAUUGUUGCCUCACCAUGAGUUCUUCUGCAAGAGGUCACUUCCUUUAUCAGUUUCAGACACACACUACCUUCACAAUGUGGUGGGAGACACUGAAAUUAGGAAAGGCGAAGGGAUGCAACUGGAUCAGCUCAUUCAGGAAAUAUCUUAUUCAAAAGAAACAAAUGCUCGGAUACAGCCUUUUGACUUAGAUGCCCUCGGAGAAGCAUUUCAACUCAGGGAAACUGCUCCGGUUGAUCUGCCUCCAGCAGAGAAAGGGAUCCCUACUAUUGUGGGAAAAUCUAAAAACGAGUCCAAAGACAAGGAAAAGAAGCAUAAAAAGCAUAAGGACAAAGACCGGGAGAGGGAUAAAGAACAUAAGAAGCAUAAGCAUCGUCACAAGGACCGAAGUAAAGAUAAGGACAAGGAGAAAAAGAAAGAUAAAAGUGGGCAUCAUGAUUCUGAACACUUGAAGAAGCACCAUGAGAAGAAAAGAAAGCAUGAGGGAGGUGAAGAUCUUAAUGACUAUCACAUUCACAAGAAAAGUAAGCAUAAGAGCUCAAAGAUUGAUGAGAUGGGUGCCAUAAAGGUAGCCGGCUGAAAGAUGGCAUGUAUUCUAUUUUGUUUAUUGUCCUCAGAUGUUCAGUUCAGAAUUUGGACGGUCUGUGCUUCCUGUAGUCAAAAUCUUGAGGACUCUGUACUAACAAAAGAUUGUGAAGAAGGUGAAUUCACCGUGCGAGAGGAGGAUGUAUUCAAACCCAAGGUAUUAUUGAAGAGCUGCAGGCAGGUGAAGGCAGUUUAAUCAGGUAGUAUCGGAGAGAAGCCUGGGCUUAUUAUUGCUUGGCAUAGAAAUAGACCAAUGAGAUGGAUGAGAUCUGUACUUGUAGCUAUGUAUUUGUUUACCUUUGUCCUUCUAUUUUUUGGGGGGGGUGGGGGUCGGAUUGCGAGUGGUAUAGAGGGUGAGCUUCUUCUCUUAAGUAGGCUAAUGUUUGGGGACCUGACAAUGAAAGAAAAUGAUGGAAUAUUAAUUUUGCAUGCAUAUGGAAAGUAUUUAUUUUAUUAUUAUUUUUUUUAAAUGCCUCAAAUGUCGAAUAGGUACCUUCCUUCUCGUCCUCCUGUUAAAGUCACGUUCUUGUAGGACCUGGGACCAAACAAAAUUAUGCAAUUUUUGGUGGAGAUGUAUGCAUGUGCUUACCUUUUUGGCUUGUGGAAAUAAUAUGAAUUUUUUUUUGAAAAGGCCGCUUUAAUAUAGUUUUACUUUUUAUGUGAAAGCGAUUUUUUAAAAGCUAAGACAAAUGAAACAGAAGCAUGGGAAAUUUUAUAUUACAGAAAGAGAGCAAAUGCAGAAAGCAAAAGUGGAAUCAAAGAGCGAAGAGCGAGGGAAAGGUGUGAUGGUGGUUAUUACAUUACUAACAUACAAAGAAGAAUAUGUGAACAAUAUAUAUUUACACAGCAAAGAGCUUAUAACUCAUCCUGUUUGAUGAUAUUUUCUUCCCUGCUUCCCGGGAACUUCACAGAAAUGUG